GUUGGUAGUCUUCAGUGGCGUGAUGAGACUCAAACGGUUGCACAUACGCUAUUACCCACCAGGAAUAUUCCUGGAUUAUGAUCAAGGGGGCCAGCUAAGGACAAAAUCCAUUGAUCUGUUAGACUUGACUCCAGAGACCGAUGUGAAUGAGUUACUUUCAGAAAUUAGAGCUGCUGAGCCUCUCAUCAACUCAUCCUGUGCUGAGCAGGUGAAAAUUCUGAUCCAGAAACUACAGGAGAAAAUCAGCCAAAAGGAUGACCGCAAAUACUACCUUUUCAGGGCACUCCAGGCUCACAUCUUGCCCCUGACGAAUGUAGCCUUCAAUAAAUCAGGAUCGAGUUUUAUAACUGGAAGCUAUGACAGGACAUGUAAAAUAUGGGACACAGCAUCCGGAGAGGAGCUGCACACUUUGGAGGGUCACAGGAAUGUUGUGUAUGCCAUCGCCUUCAACAACCCUUAUGGCGACAAGGUUGUCACAGGCUCCUUUGACAAGACCUGCAAAUUGUGGAGUGCUGAAACAGGAAAGUGCUUCUACACAUUUAGAGGGCACACAGCAGAAAUUGUAUGCGUGGCCUUCAACCCUCAGAGUACCCUGGUUGCUACGGGCAGUAUGGACACCACAGCCAAAUUAUGGGAUGUUGAGAGUGGCGAGGAGGUGUCCACAUUGGCAGGUCACUUCGCUGAGAUAAUUUCUCUCUCUUUUAACACAACGGGUGACCGGUUGGUCACAGGUUCAUUUGACCACACUGCCAUUCUGUGGGACGUUCCUUCUGGCAGGAAAGUUUAUGUUCUGUCAGGUCACCGUGGAGAGAUCAGUUGUGUUCAGUUCAACUGGAAUUGUUCUCUCAUCGCCACAGCCUCUCUGGAUAAAACCUGCAAGGUGUGGAACACAGACAGUGGUCAGUGUUUGGCUACUCUGUUAGGUCAUAAUGACGAGGUGUUGGAUGUGUGUUUUAACUACACUGGUCAGUUAAUAGCCACUGCUUCUGCUGAUGGUACAACAAGAGUUUACAGUGCAGAGACAUUCCUAUGUUUAUGCAAAUUAGACGGCCAUAAAGGGGAAAUAUCGAAGGUGUGUUUUAAUCCGCAGGGGAGUCGCAUUUUGACAGCGAGCGUGGAUAAGAAUGCGCGUGUGUGGUGUGUGAGCACAGGAGUGUGUUUGCAGGUGCUGGAGGGACAUUCUGAUGAGAUCUUCUCUUGUGCGUUCAACUACGAGGGGGACACCAUCAUUACAGGAAGUAAAGACAACACCUGUAGGAUCUGGCACUGAGAUACUCGACAGCAGAAAGUGGGCUGGACUCUCAGCUCUUUGGAUUAGCAUUAGGGAUUUAGAGUACAGUAAAAACUUGUGUGUUAUCUAAAGUCACACUGCCGUACUCUUUCUGCUGAGGGCAUGAAGAAGAUGUAGUAUUUGUUGAUGACAUAAUUUUUUGCAUGUUCAAUAUUUUGCUGUGCUAAAUAUUUAUAGACAAAAAAAAAUAUCUUAAACUCUUAUUAAGCAUCUGAGUUGUGCUGUGGAUUAUGACAGAAAAUUAUUUUGACUCCGUUUGUAAAAAAAAAAAAAAACUGAGGGAGGAGUCUUCUGUUGUAUUGAACCCAGAAUCAUCCUUAUACCCAGUGAAGCAGUUGAGAUUUUUUUUAUUUUGACUUUUACUGCUAUUCAUUCACAUAAGUGUGCUCUUUCAAAAUAAAGGCUGUUGACAUGAAA